AUGAGAGAGAGCGAAGAAGGAAACAGUUCUCCACUCCCCUCGUCUGAGAGCGCUAACAGACAGUCUGAUGGGAUGGAAGUUUGCCUGGUCAGAGAACAAGUUUCCCCUGGAAAUGACGUGCUGUUACUGCCUAUAGUUUCAGCUGAUGGAAACCGAGCAGCAGGUCUGAGGCACGUCAGAGGAAGAUUGUCUCGUUUCACGGUUGUUGCUGCAUCGUUGUCGCUAGCGAUCUUAGCCACUCUCUACCUUUCUGGACGACAGCAGUCUGCCUCCCUGAUCGCUACGAGGGCAGUUUGGAGGGAGAAUCACGACACCUGGUCGGUUUUGGAGAACGAGGGAGAUACGAAUGCGAUGCCCGAGCAUGUGCCUAAGAUGACUAGAGUAGGAAGGCGGUUCCAAGACAAUUACAAGAUCGGCAUGAUCUUGGCAGCUGCCGCACAUAUGGCAUCCGACACAAUACUUGAGAUCAAGCGAUCACUGCUCGGCAUGCAGCACGACGAGCAUGUCGCGGCAUCAAACAGUAAGAUCCACGUCGCAGAGACAAUGCUGAACCACUUGAUCAAAGUGCUGGGGAUACAGACGAUACCAGAACCCACCACCACAAGCAAACUUGCGUCUGUGAAGACUGCGAUGAGAAUGGCGAAUGAUCUCCGGAUGGUCAUCGCCGAGCUCCCGGAGAAGACUGAUGCUUUGAAUCUGCACGAAGCUCAGUACAACCUCGCAGUGUAUGACUUGAUUCAGGUCUCAAGGCAGAUCAACGAGAUCUUGAUGCAAAUCUCGUCUGAUCGCACUCUCGACGGCAUCCGAGAGCCCUCGAAAGACCGGUUUGACAUGGUGCUCAGGAAGGCUCAACAAGGUUUGAACGACGCUGAGAACGCGUAUGGCGCAGAUGACAACGACAAUGGCAAUUGGGGAACAGCGACAGCGGAGGCAGUUUACAAUUUUCUUCCUGCGUGGAAACAGAGACUAGAGGAUUACGAGGGUGAUGGAGAUACUGCAGAGAAGUCGGAGAAUUCUGUUUCUCUUCCUGAAAACACUCACAAUGAGGAGGGGAAGGGGGCAAGCAACCCUUCUGAAAGCAAGGCAGCUGAUGAAGAGAAUUCUGUACAAGAUUCUGAUUCGAAUGGCGAUCAACUCAUCAAGUUUGCGGUUGCUGCUGCGAUAAAGCAGGCUGUACGGACAAUUGAGGACAGGAAGCAUGAAGCAACCAGCCAAGUGAAGCAGUAUGAGCUGACAUUUGUAUUGGGGAUUGAGGAGAUAGCGAUAGAGUCGGUCAUGUCUCAGUUGCAAGCUUCGCAAACCUUACAACUCGCCGUGCAACGUCGUGCUUUGUCUGCGAAGCCCCUGGUGAACAUCGAGACCUCCAGUGGUGCUGCGACUGCCUCUAUCUCUGCUGGAUCCGCAGGCCCUGCUGUGCUCUCCAAGCAAGCUCUCAGGAGCUAUGUGCUGCACCUGGUGAAGUUUGCGGUGUACCAGUCAGUCAGGACAGGAAUCAUGCUGGAGAUGCGCCAUCCUCGUUGGAGACAAUCGAUCGAGGACGCUACAAGCACUGCUGUCGAUGCCGCAAUCAAGUCUCAGGCACUUAAGGGGUUGGCGCGCUUGCGCUUAGCGGAGAAGGCAGCGGUGGAAGGCGCGACCAAGGCCACCAAGGAAUUAGAGUUCAAGGCGAUGAAGGGUGGAGGGAAUCAGAAGCAAGAGAGAGCGAUCGCCCAGCGUAUCGAAGACUCUGCGGUCUCUACGGCAAUACAAUCAGCAUCAGAGGCCAGCGAGAGAUACAAACCUCUUGUCUUCGCGUCCAGCGUUCAUGCCGUGCGGCCACCAUCGGUUGCGCUCCAAGCUCCACCGAGGUUCUCCAUCAGCUCGUCCAUGCCUGCCGGACAGUCCAUGAUCCGUAUGGCUUCCUCGCCUUCUGCAUAUGCCUUUUAUCCUGUUCGCUACCAAGGCCCUGCUGGGCAAGUGGAAGUGGAGGAGCCGGCAGGUGGCGAAGCCGCAGGGCCGGCGCCUGAGAGUUUUCAAGUGGAUUGA